AUGGUUUACAAGCUUUCUUACUUCAACAUCAGAGGUCUUGCUGAGUCAACACGUCUCAUGCUCAUCGACCAAGGAGUUGCUUUCGAAGAUCACCGCAUUGAACGCGCCGAUUGGCCAAAAUUCAAGGCUGAGAUGACCUUCGGCCAAAUCCCAGUAUUUUACGAUGGAGAUGAGCAAAUCUACCAAUCUGCUACCAUCAACCGCCAUUUGGCCAGAAAACUCAAUUUGAACGGAUCAAACGAAAGUGAAAUCACUUUCAUUGACAUGUUCUACGAGGCUGUAAGAGAUGUUCGUAAGAAGUAUUUGCAAGUCAUUUACGGAAACUACGAACAAGAUAAGGAGAACCUUAUCAAGGUGAUCUUGCCAGAGCAAUUGACUACCGUUCAAAAAGUUUUCAAAACUUUCUGCAACGGAGAGAAAUACAUCGCUGGAGAGAAGAUUUCUUAUGCUGAUUACGAAUUCUUUGAAGUUUUGGACAUGAUUUUGGUUCUUGACCCUACUGCUCUUGAUAACUUCCCAACAUUGAAAGCUUUCCACGGAAGAAUGAACUCUCGUCCAACGCUCAAGAGCUAUUUGGAGAAGAGAGCUGUCUCCAACAUUGCCAUUAACGGAAAUGGAAAACAGUAA